AUGACCGUUAACUCUCUCGUCGCCGAGUCUCUGCCAUUUGGUCAGCGACUUCAAAUUUCCACUCCGGAAUCUUUGCAUUUGCAGGACUGGCAAAGCUCGGAUCGUUCUGAUAGUUUCCAACGAUUUACAGCACAACCUCCCCGAGUCUACAAGGAGGACGAAGUGCUCCGACAUCCCCAGCUCUACGAGCUGGCCUUCAACAGUCAUCCUUUCCUGGCACUGAUCGUGUGUCGUACUAUUUUCCUCGGAGACGUCGACGAAAGAGCACAUGACAAGGCGCUUUACGACGCCAUCCUCCUCGCAGGCCUUGGGGUCAAGAAAGCCCUUUCGCAGAAUGGUCCGAGCAAGCAUGCGAAACCGCAUGGCUUUCCCAACAUGGACGAGCUCGUCAGGAGGACCACCAGUGCUCUCUGCAGUACCAAGCUCGGCUCGCUCAAGGCCGCAGGCCUUCACACGUCUGCGCAGUGUAUGAUGCUUUUGGCUUGGCACGAGCUCACGCACGGUCUCAUCAAACGCGCGGCCACGUGGUGGACCAUGAUCUGCGGCAUGAUCCAUCAAGUCCAUGCCGCAAGGGAGCGGGAAGAGACACGGCCCGAUUGCCACGUAAACGGCGUCGAUCUCUCGCUCGUCGUUGCGGAGGAGCUCGACAACAUGCACACGAUUGCGCAUCUUAUGCUUCUUUGGCUGGAGCUCCACCUUGGUCCAAUUCAGGCACACACGUCGAUGAAAUCCUGUGUUGCUUCUGAGCAGGCCCACGAUCCCUCCUCCUCCUCCUCCUCGUCAACAUCGAAGAUCUUGGAGCUUGACAGCACGAGUGGCAAAAUUUCGGCAAUGGAAGCGUACCAGAGGUCGUGGACGCUUUUGCGCAGUAUAGACCGCGUUCUUGGUAGUCUCGCAGACACGUUCCACGAAUGGAAGGUCGCCAACGGAGUCUUUGACACAGGCACACUACCGGAUACAGCGCUGUAUGACGAAGCUACAGUAAAAGUGAACGCGAUCCUCACACAGGCCAGACUUUUGCAAUCUGGAUCUUCCGUCGAGCCCUCAGCGGCUGCACUCAUCUCCCUAACCGCCCUAUUCGCCUGCUUUCAGUUCAAACACCCUCCCAUCUCAAUUAGCGAGCAGAGCGUCAUCAACAUCGUCAAGGUCUGCUCGGCAAUCACACUUCAGCUUCGAGAUACCUUCAGUGACUCGAAGGACAACGUGGAUCCAACCACAAUUACGAGGACCGCUGGUACGGCAAAAUGCUCCCACUUUGGCGUGGCUUAUUUUGCAGAUACGAUGGACGGGCACCGGAUCGUGCUUACAAUGAUCGAGACAAUCGCGCUGACGUUCGAGCUGCUUCUGGCUCACAUCGAUUCUGAUGGGGUCCCCGACUCGUUUGAUACGUCGGAAGUGGUAAUUUGGUCGCCGGAGGCUCAGCAGAUGGUUGCCGAGAAGCUGGGUAACGUGCUCGGAAUCCUGAGCGCGAUCCAAGAGUGCUUUGACAAUAUCCCGAAGCAAGGUAGGAGGCCCGGACACGUUCUAGGGAUGGUAGAGAGGAUUAAGGGGCGGAUAGAGAAGCUCGGUAUACAGCCGGACGUGUCUUUUGCUCUCGAGGUCUUUGCGCAGUGUGCUCGGGAGGAGGCUGGCGAGCCGCAGAGAGAAGGUCAUGGGACGACGGAGGAAGCGCUGCCCGAAGUGUUGCCCUACGAGCCGGUGCGGCUGCACUGCUCACCUACGAAUGAGUCGAUAUUUUCAAUGCUUGGCAACUCAGCACAGUGGCAAACGUCACCGUAUCCCACUAUCAGCUCAGAAGCGUACCACAGUGGACUGAUGGCUGCCUACCCGACCCCGCCGUACAUACAUACGAAUCUGGCCCCCCCGUCAUCGAAAGGACCUCUGAGGUUCGGCCCAGGUCCCCUACCCAUGAGCCGCUACGACCGACCAGAAGCAGCGAUCUCGUCCCAAGCCAACUGGCAUGGCGGAAACCUAAACCUUCGUCUGGCGUAUCAAGAGCAAGCGCCUGCGUGGCGAGGCGCGAACCAUGUAGAUUUCAGCGUGCUGGCGUCGGCGACACCGGAGAGACUUGAGGGGCUGAGGAUGGCUGCAGACGGUGGGGGUGGGGUGUCCAAGGCAGGGCCGUCAAUGGUGUAUGGUGAGAGCGUGCUUGAUAGAGCACAGCAGGGUGCGCAUGUUGUGGACAGUCUGGGUUCUACGCAGAAUCGCGGUCAGGAACGAGCUUCAGCGCAUUACGCAAACGACCCGAGAACGACACUGGGACUCUCCGCGAUGCAGGCUAACCAGAUGUGGGCGCGGCACGAGCCGGUAUACCUUCAAGCCUCCGCUGUCCGGUCCGACACGGACUGUCCAGGCGAAGCACGAGAUUCGAAACGAGCACGCAUCGAGAUGCAAACGCGCCAACUCCAGUGGGACGCCAGAGGGGACACGAGAAACAGAGGAGUGGGCGAAGGGUCAAGCUUCCAAACAGGCUUAGCAUUUGGACAGGACCUUGCGGCGUCCGUACGCGCAGAAGAUUCGCGUCAGCUGUCUGGCAGUCACCUACCGGCAGCUGAGGCUCUGGCGUCGAUCAAGGGGAUCGAGCCGUUGGAAGAUGAUACGCCGACAGGCGACUCCCACUGGCGCUCGAGGGAGAGAGAAACAGGGGAGGGUAAGAGUAGACGAAGCAGGUUUUCCAUUUCAAGUGCGAUCAUGAGCACGUCGCUGAACUCGUUGACUGACGAAGAGCAUGAGGAAGAUGACGAUGACGAUGACAACGACGAGGACGAGGACAACGACGAGGAGUACGUGGACGACUAG